AUGACCCGGAACGAUCGCAUUGAGUAUAAUUGGAUCGACGGGGUGGAGACGCUCGAGAAAUACCAACCUGGGGGUUAUCACCCGGUUAUGAUCGGGGACCUACUCCAUAAUCGAUAUCGGAUUGCCGACAAACUCGGCUCCGGGGGCUACUCGACUGUAUGGCUUGCUCGUGACACUCAACUCAACGAAUACGUCGCGCUCAAGAUCAAUAUCUCAGACUCACAGCCGCGUGAGACGGAACAUCUCAAGGCGCUAUCCGCCUCAGUGCCCUCGCAGACACAUCCUGGGCGUGAGUUAGUGUCAAGUUUGCGCGAUGAAUUCCUCGUACAGGGUCCGAAUGGGACACAUAAUUGUUACACAAUGACCCCUGCACAAUGUAAUCUCAGGGAAAUCUCCUUCAGCCGUCUGUUCCCCUUCAAUGUUGCUCGUGCCUUGGCAUAUGGUGUUGCGCAGGCUGUGGCCUAUACCCACUCUCAGGGCUACGUCCAUGGAGGUUUGUCACAUCAGCCCCGAUCUUGUAUACGACUUGACUUGACCUACCUAGAUGUACAUUUGAGCAACGUUUUGGUCAAGCUGCCUGGGACAUUUGACGAUAUGUCUAUUGAACAAUUGUACAAAACGUAUGGUGACCCCGAAACGGUUCCCGUCUCACGAUGUGAUGGCGAACCACUACCUCCGAACGUGCCGACUAGGGCCGUUGUGCCGCUGUUCCUGGGCAAAUAUGCCGAGAAGUUUGUACUAUCGGACGCCCAGCCCUUGUUAGGUGAUUUCGGGGAGGCCUUCUCCCCUGGGACGGAGAUUCGUCUGGGACAAGACUGCCGCACGCCACCCGACUUUCGGGCUCCGGAAGCGAAAUUCGAACCUGAUGCCCCGCUGACGUACGGUUCAGAUAUAUGGAGUCUAGCCACGGCAACCUGGGAAAUAAUCGGGAUGAAAGCUAUCUUCAGCACGGAGUAUGUGCCUCAUGAUGAGAUAGUAGCUCAGCAUGUGGAUGUGCUUGGACGUAUGCCUUCCGACUGGUGGAAUCGCUGGGAAGGGCGGUCCGUGUUUUUUGAUGAGCGCGGCUGUCCCACUGAAUCGUACAAGGAGAACCAAUGGCCGCCCCUCGAGGAGUCUUUCGAGGUCUGUGUACAAAAAUGGAGACCAAAGGUCGGAGGGGGAAUCAUGGCGGAUGAAAAAGCCGCGUUCCUGGAUCUUAUGCGCACAAUGCUGUCAUUUCGACCGGAAGAGCGACCGACGGCAGAAGAUGUGCUGCAGUCCGAGUGGAUGGUUAAUUGGGCAUUACCUGACUACGAGCGGCGGUAG